CGGCGGGGCCGCGGCUCCAGCUGGCGGCAGCCGUGCCGGGCACCCGUGGGGUGGGCAGCGCGGCCGCCGCUCCGCAGCGCAGGGACCGCCGCCGGCCGCCCCCAAGAUGCUGUUUUGGCACACGCAGCCGGAGCAUUACAACCAGCACUCGACCGGCAGCUACCUGCGAGAUGUCCUUGCGCUGCCGAUCUUCAAGCAGGAAGAGCCGCAGCUGUCUCCUGAGAACGAUGCCAAACUGCCACCCUUCCAGUACGUCCUCUGCACAGCCACCUCCCCCGCCGUGAAACUGCACGAAGAAACUCUGACCUACCUCAACCAAGGUCAGUCUUAUGAAAUCCGUCUACUUGAGAAUAGGAAAUUGGGAGAGUUUCAAGAUUUAAACACAAAAUAUGUAAAGAGUAUAAUUCGUGUAGUUUUCCAUGACCGCCGCCUGCAGUACACAGAGCAUCAGCAGCUCGAGGGCUGGAGGUGGAGUCGGCCUGGGGACCGCAUCCUUGAUAUAGAUAUCCCGCUGUCAGUUGGUAUCUUGGAUCCCAGGGCUAGCCCAACCCAGUUGAACACCGUUGAAUUUCUCUGGGAUCCGUCAAAGAGGGCUUCAGCAUUCAUUCAGGUACAUUGCAUCAGCACAGAAUUUACUCCACGGAAACAUGGAGGAGAGAAAGGGGUCCCCUUCCGAGUGCAAAUUGACACCUUUAAGCAGAAUGAAAAUGGUGAAUACACAGAACACUUGCAUUCUGCAAGCUGCCAGAUCAAAGUGUUCAAGCCUAAAGGAGCAGACAGAAAGCAGAAGACUGACAGGGAAAAAAUGGAAAAGAAGACCACCCAAGAGAAGGAGAAGUAUCAGCCUUCCUACGAGACAACUAUUCUCACAGAGUGCUCUCCCUGGCCAGAUGUGCCUUAUCAAAUGAACAAUGCUCCAUCUCCAAGCUACAACAGUUCUCCCAACAGCUUCAACCUCGGAGAUGGCAACAGUUCUCCAACCCACCAAAUGGAGCUCCUGCCUCCCAGCAAUGAUCAUCUCCUUCCUUCUGCUUCUAUUCAAGAUGCCCAGCAGUGGCUUCAUCGUAAUAGGUUCUCUCCAUUCUGUAGACUCUUCUCAAGUUUUUCGGGUGCCGACUUACUGAAGAUGUCCAAAGAAGAUUUUGUUCAAAUCUGUGGGCCUGCUGAUGGAAUUCGGCUUUUUAAUGCAAUUAAAGGAAGAAAUGUGAGGCCCAAGAUGACAAUUUAUGUCUGUCAAGAACCAGAGCAAAACAGGUCCCAUCUCCACCAAAAACGAGAAAAUGGAGAUGGCAGUCUUUGUGUGUAUCAUGCAAUCUUCUUAGAAGAGCUGACCACGCUGGAAUUACUGGAGAAGAUUGCAAACUUGUACAGCAUUUCUCCACAGCAGAUCAAUCGGAUCUACCGGCAGGGACCCACGGGGAUCCACGUGUUAGUGAGCAAUGAGAUGGUGCAAAACUUCCAAGACGAAUCCUGUUUUGUUAUCAGUACAUUGAAAGCUGAAAGCAAUGAUGGCUACCACAUCAUUUUAAAAUGACCAUGCUGCACAGAGGGACUUUAACGGCCUAAAACUUAGUGCCUCACUGAGAUUGCUACAAGCUAGACUGGAAACAUGAAGAACCUUCUGGAUAAAUGCUCCUGUGAACUAAGAAUUACCAAACAGCUUAAGAAAAAACUUGCUUUUACAGAUAGAAAUUUUUGGUGGUGUGUGAUUUUGGUGGGUUUGGUUUUUUUUGUUUGUUUGGUUUGAUUUUUGUUUUGGUUCUUUUGGUUUUUUUAAGCUGGAUCUGAGAACAUCCUCAAAGCUUGUACAUGCUUUUUGCUCCCCUCCCUUCCUCUUCAGUCUUAAAAACUGUAGAGGUUUCUGCUCAUUACUUAGAAACAUCUGCCUUGUACUAAAGGGAAAUGAAAGAUAAACAAAUCCCAAUUCUCUUCACCCCUCAUGUUCAGAUGAAUUGAUUUACUUACAGUUCUGAGUGCUCUCUUGCUUUCAACACACACCCUGAUGCUGAUGGACGUGGACUCCCCAGGGCUCCUCUUGUGCUCUUUGAGGUGGAGGGCUUGGGGCUACCUGCCAGAACAGAUUGGGCAAUGCAGGGGAUGGGUUUGGUGCCCAGCCUUCACCCGAAGUAUCAGCUCUGGAAGCCCACACUUAGUUGUUCUCCACCUGCAGAUGUGCUCAAAGUCCAGAGACCCUGGUCCCUCCUGACAGACCUUCUGUAGUACCAAUUCAGCAGAACAGUUCUGGGGGGGUUCAAGAGAGGACAGACAACUUGAGGCAAGUGGUUCAGUACCAUAUUAUUAUCUUUAGCUUCAGAGUAGUCUCCUUGAAUGGAGCGUAUGAAGGUUUUCUGAGGAACUGUUUUGAGCAUUGGAAGCUAUAGUGCUCAUGAAAAAUUCAUACUAUGGAUUUAUUCUACUCUACAAAUUAGUGAUUAACUGCUAUCUUUACUGUAACUGGGAAUUAGAAGUUAUAAUCUUAAUGGAUUUUCAUCCUGUUACUGAAGUAAAACUGUUUUGAUCAAGACCAGGUAACAGAUCAUCUUAGUUGCUGCUUCUUACAUUCUUGCUCUUUCACUUUUGACUCCUGUUUCCCAUAUCUUUAACUAUGAUCAGCUCCACCCUCCCUUGGUCUUUUGGGACUCCAUCCAGGCUCCAUUAAGCUAAAAAGGUGGCUUCCACUGAAGUCAAAGGCAAACUGGAUCACACCUUUCUUGCAUGGAUUGAGCCAUUUCACUUUUGACAGCUAAGUAAUAUGGUUGUUUCUCCAAACUGAGUGUCCAUAUACCAUCAAAAUCUGAUUCUUGAAUGUUUUCAUUUCAUCCUGAACUAACAUGGAAAGCUGAAAUACCAAACAUUUUCCUGGAAUGGAAUUUUUUUCAAAAAAUGAGAAAUUGUCAGCUGGAAAACACUGAAUAAAAUGUUCCAGCCUUUUGAAAUGGAAACAUUUAAUUAAAUCCAUUUGGCCCUUAAAGCAGCAUCAGUUUGAGCUACUGUUGCAGCCCUCAGAAAUUGUCAUUCAAGUGCCUUGCACGCUGUGUCUCCCUUGGGGCUGAGCUCUUUGGCUGAAUUACAGAUCCCAUGAUGCUCCUACCUUGGGUUAGUCAAACAGGGAAUGCGUCAUGAGGGCUGGAGAGGUGCCCAGGGAAAGAGGGGGCCAUGGAGCCCUUGAAUUACAGCUCCCAGCUGACACUGCAGGAAUUCGGACAGACACGGACUGAUAUGUCUCUGACAAAAGUUAUGUGUUUCAAGUUUUCCCAACAGAAAUAAACAGCAAAAUAUUGAGAAAAGCAACCUUUUUUUCAUUAAAGCAUCAAGUUUUGUGCAAAAAACCCCACCCAUCCCCACUGAUUUUUUUUUUUUUUUUUAAUACCGAAAAUAAUACUAGAAUAGAAAACUUGUGUUACAAUGGGAAAACCUUCAGCCAACUCAGCUAAUUGAGCAGCAAUGCCUACUUAGGCACGAUCUUGCUCAAUUGACUGCCCUGGAUGCUCCAUGAAUUGUAGGCAUGCAAAAAUGAUGUCUAGGCUUUGGGAUAUGGAGGUUCCCCCUUCUGAAAUGAAGGAAUUGAGGCUUCUUGGUUGAAAACCAAGCUGUGUAGGUGAAGAGGAGCUCCUGGCCAUGGAAUCCAGGUUGUGGCCACACACAGCUGCCUUCCAAAGAGUGAAUGAAUUCCAGAUGCCUUUGUGAGCAGGUGGGACCAGUGUGCCCCUGUUUACCAGGAGAUGCUUGAUUAAUUUUCUAGAAGGUGCUUUGGAAGAUGGAUGUUGGCUGUGGUUUUUCAUCCUGCUCUGUAAUACUGACCCAGUACAUGGUAUGGCUGUCACUGGCAUGCAGCUCAGGUGAAUCUGACAUCGUGGGAAGGGUUCUAAAUAGACCUUGAAGUUGCCAGGAGCAUAGCCUGUCUCAUAUCAUAUCCACUUGGAUGUGAUAGCCCUGUAACUGAGGGGACACAGCAAUACUGAUACACAGUAGAGUGAAGAAAGGAUAGAGGUGGCUUUGCUGCCAGAGUUAGGGACUGAGAAUUGUUUGCUUGUUAUAAAAUGUCUAACUUCCUGAUUCUUCUAAAACCCAGCUCUUGCCCGUAAGGAAUUAUAUGCCAAAGUCCUCAUAGUGUUUCAAUAGCACUUGCUUGAUGAAUUUUGAACAAAAGUCUCUUAGGGCCUUGCUGUAUUUAGAUUUUUUAAAAUAAAUAAAAUCAUUUGAGGAUGAAUUUGACAAUAGAUCUUGCUCCAAUGCUCUAAAAAUAUAUACCAGAGUAAACAAUCCCAUAGACUAUAUAUGUUUUCCUAUGCGUUGGCUCUGUGUGAGCCUGUUGUAACGCUGUAUGGCUUAGGGGUGUGUAUGUAAUGCCUACCCUUAUUUGACAGAGUAUUUCUUGUCCUUGUUUAACCUCUGUAGCUCCAACAGAAAUUUGGAGGUUUGUGGUUAAGUAACAUACACAUCCAUGAAGACACAGCAUGGCUGGUUUGGUGUCCAGGAGAUUGUUGAGUUACUUCAGCUUAGAAUCAUAGAUUGUCUUGAGUUGAAAGGAGCCCUGAAGGGUCACAGAGUCCAAUGGCCCUGGUUCUUACAGGAGUACCUGAUAUUGAUCCCUGUGACUGUGAGUGUUAUCCAGAGCAGCCCAGGUGCUCCUUGAACUCUGGCAGGCUUGGUGCCAUGACCAGGGGUAAGGGAAGUCCCUGAGCAGCCUGUCCCAGUGGCCAACCACCCUCUCAGUGAAGAGUCUUUCUCCAGUGUCCAGUCUGAACUUGCCCUGAUUCAGCUUCACUCCAUUCCCUCACUUCUGCUGCUGGUCACCAGAGAGGGGAGAUCAGCACCUCCUCUCCACUGCUUGCCUUGAGGAAGGUGCAGAGAGAUAGAGAGAGAGACUUGUCUCACCUGUGUGACAGGUAAUCCUUGACUGUCCUUGGAUCUGCCAUCUCUGGAAGGACUUGUUUGACCCGUUUGUGGAAGUGACAGCCUCCAGAAGGAAGCUUUUGUUUCCUCAAGAGUGGAGGAAGCAUAAAUGUUUAGUCUGGGAUAGAUACCUAAAUUCUAGAUAGACUAAAGGCAAGGGAGGUGAGUAGCUCCCACUCAUCUAAAUAGCAUUUACUUUUUUAUUAAGUGCCUGUUACACUUAUUUUUACUCUUUUUAAUUGUUGUUGCUUCUAUUUCUUAAAAAGUAAGAAAACCUACUCAAAGUGAUUUAACUGGAACUUUUUUCAGCUAUAUGUGAAAUUUGUGCAGCAGAACUUUUUAAGGACUGGGGCUUAGGAUAACACUGUUUCCCAAGCUAUCCAGCUCUUCAGUUGUGUGUAUGAUGACAGCCACUAAGAGUAAAGGUGGGCUUGCUGGGGAUGAAAAGGCAGAAUCAUUAUGUGAUUAAUACCAAUAUGACUACCCAGUACUGCAAAGUAUAAACUUGCAUUCUUGUCAGAUCUGUACUGUCUGUUUGAAAUUUCGUAAAUUCUGGCAUUUUCUCAAUCAUUGAGUAAAAUGAUAGAGAUCAAUUAAUAUGACUCUGGUGAUGUCUGGAAAACUCACAGUAAUGCCCACCAUACACAACUGCAGGGCAGGGAAAGGGCAAAUGACCUGUUGAUAAAAUCUUGGCAUCUGAUUGAGGUGGUAGGACAAGUGCUAUUAAAGUUAAAUUAGUGUUCUUUCUGCUGGCCCUGAAUGGUUAAUUGGCUAAAGUAGAAAUAAUCAUUCAAUAUGGAAAAUACUGGAGUUCUCAUUGUCUUAGAGUGAAAUUUAAUGGGCUGAAGUUUCAAGACUCAGAGGUGGUGAAAGGAUUCUUGCAUUUAAGAAGCCCUGAAUGGCACUCUCCUUAUAAUGUAACAUAUACAUAUAUAUGCAUAUAUAUAUACAUAUAUAUAUCCACAUACAUACUGUACUGUAUCAACACAUAUUUGUGCUGAGUACAUGUGUUCUUUGGCUUUAACUGGUACUCUGCUUUGUUUAGUUGCAGUUCAAUGUAAAAGACUCUGGUUGAUCAAGCUUCAAAAUCUAGCCAUUCCUUGGGUAGAAAUGUAAAAGUCCAUAGUAGCAACUAGGUGAUUUGGACAUGGUACACUUGGAGUGAUGUAAGUUUGACUUUCUGCGAUACAAAUCCCAGGCCUUGGUGAAGAUGAGCAUAUUCUUUCACUAACACUGCAGUUCUACAUUGCAGCUUCUGAAAAUUAGUUAGAGUAACAGAGAAAUAGAUUGCCCAGUGCUUGGUGAACUAGUAAGGCUACUCCAUAAGCAGAACAACCAUACGAUGACUUUUCCUAGCUCAAUGUUGUAUUGCUUAAGCAUUGGCUGUAAUUCUAACAAUCAUCUGGUGGAUGACUGAAACAGGUUUUUUUUGUCUCUUAUCUGUUGGGAUUUUUUUUUUACUUCUCAAAGAAAUGCUUAUAUUCAGACUGUAGCUUCUCUUUCUCCUCCAGUUAUGAAAUGGUUUAACUUUAUGCUAGUAAUAGAAAUAUUUUCAUUAGAUUAUAAUCUGUUUGACAGCACAGGGUACUCAGAGUGGGGAGUGUUUGGCUUUGAUCAUCACUACUGUGGGUGAAUAUGAGAAGGCAGACUGGAGGUUUAUCUAACAUCCUUGGCUCUCUCUAACAAAUGGGUUAAGCUAGUGCCUAAUUUUUUGUGCAUUUUUGAUUUGUACCUUUUUUUUUCCCCAUUCCCUCAAAAUUCUGCUCCCUGGUGGAGGAUGCAUUGGUGACCAGAUGGUGUGCCCAACUUUUUAAAGUAGCCUGCUGUUCCGGUUUGCUUGGGGUGAGUGUUUAUCUUUCAAAGGGGAGUUACCUCUCUCCACUGACAAUGCAGCUGUUAGAGGCAGGCAGUGCUGGCCAUAAAGUUGGCAUGAUGGGCAAGGGCCAGUGGAGGUGGGUUGAUGGGAGGCUGAGGCGUACCAGUUGUGAGUAAAUAUUGCCACACUCUUCGUCUUUUCGUUUGUUGGUUUUUGGGGUUUUUUGUACAUGAAUAAAUAAAAAAAAAAGCAUAUUUUGCACUGGCUCUUGUACUGUUGUGCAGAAGAAAUCUGUAUUUAGAAUCUGUGCUCCAGUCAAAAUGCAAAUAAAUCUGUUUGUAAGAA